AUUUCUGAGUACGAAGAUGUAGAUCGAGUAGGUGCGAAUUGGGAGGAUCUGCUUCGUAAAACAUUCGGAAGAACAAAGAAGUCUAAACUGCGUAGCAUAGUUGGGUAUCGUGACACCCAUCUAUUAGGGGGCGUUGAAGUGAGACUUAUCUGGGUAAGACCUGGGCCCAUAAUAGUAAAGUUUGCGACUAAUGUCAGCUUGGGUGCCUCCCAAUGUGGAGUAGCACGGGGUGGUAGCUAA